AGAUCGGUGCCUCCCUGCUCUUUAUUUCACACUUUGCUCCAGUGUUGUUGGGCAGCUCUGUAGAAACGCUUGUCUUGCCUCUCUUCACCUCUGUUUCAAAUAAAAAUGUGGAUUUGAUGCUUUUUUGUCCUGUCACCAGUUAAAGUCACAGUAGCUGCGUUUCCAUUACCCAUAGAUUUGCGCAAAACGUAAAUAUCGCAAUAGAAAACUGGUAAUGGAAACACCUACAUUUCGAAAAACCUCCCAAAUAUCGCUAAAAAGUUUUUACGCUCUCAUGAGGUGGUUUUUCAGAAGUGUCGAUAUAGAAGUAUAUCGCAAAAGUGUAAUGGAAACACUUUUCUCGCAAUUCUCUGUCACCGGACGUGACGUAGCGGGUCAAGUGACCAGUUCAUUUCAAGCGUAGAUGGCACGGUAUAUGUGGACGGGGGAGGAGACGGACUUAUUUCUGAAGUUUUUAAUUGUAUUUGUAUUUUUCUGAAGUUUUGAAUCCACAAUUCGUCUGUGAAUUCCUCAUUAACGAUCCUCUCCCAGAAAUCGCUCAUCCGUGUUCGCUCCCAUACAUACGAGCUUUGCCUUUGAAUUAUCACCCGCUGCCUUCGUCUUCUGAUGACAGCAGCAGCAACAGCAGUAAUGGUCACAGAAACAGCUGCUCCAAAACGAAAAAUGUUUUGUGUCUCGUCCAUGUCGGUGUGCAAAAAGGCUUAAGGAAUACGAGGUCGCACGGGCAGGAAGUUUACCUCGUUGCUAGGCAACGGCCAUUUAAACACGGCUCGCGAGAGGCAGACGGCUCGCUUAUGCACUGAACACCAUUCAAUGGAAACACCCGCAAAUCGCAAUUGUACUUUGUCGAAAUUUGAUAAACAUCGCUUUUAUUUUGCGAAAAAAUGUAAUGGAAACGCAGCUGAAGUUUUUUAUGACCCAAACAAACAACAUGAGGUUUCUCUGUUAGGAGGUUAAAGUGGUUGGAGGCAGAAGAGUCUGAAUGUUCACUUCAUGAAAGAGUCUGAAGGAGCCGCUCUGACUUCAGUCUUUCACAGAAAUCAGCUCAUCGUCUGCAGUUCAGAGAAAAAACCUCAAACUAAAGUUGUUCUUUAACGGUGAAAAUGAUGCUGCAGGUUCUGAGGACCCGGAGAUUUCAGUGACACAUGGACCGGAGUCUAGUGGACCGGAGUCUGGUGGACCGGAGUCUAGUGGACCGGAGUCAAGUGGACUGGUCUGCACUGUUAGUCGGACAGUCGCUCUCGGAU